GGCAUCUUGUAAACGUAUGAUUUCGCAGCCUCUGACGGGCUUGUUAUUGUUGGUGACGAAGACCGCAACACCUCAGAGACAGGCAGUCAAUGGAGUCAAGUUGUCACAGCGAUGCAUUAAUGAUAAACAAAGUAUUACUUGUUUUUUAGCAAAAUAUUAACGUGAAACCGCAGGCGAAGCGUCGAGUAGUAAUGCAUUAUUUAGAAUGACCGCAAAGGAAUUGGCUUAUAGUUGAAGUUACUUUAUUUCGGCUAACCAACAAGCUAGCCAGCCAGCUAAACUAUUCGAAGGCCUCGUCGCUUUCAACAAGGCCAAGCUAGCCAACUAACCUGCAUCGUUAAACACUCAAAACGUUUUGAAGUGUUGUUUUACAUUUAUUGGCUAUAUGUCGGAAGAUAUCGCAUUGGUAAUGCAACAGAAUUUGGACAGGAGCUGCUGGGUAUGCUUCGCCACGGAUGAGGAUGACCGCACGGCGGAGUGGGUGCGUCCGUGUCGCUGCCGAGGCUCCACCAAGUGGGUGCACCAGGCAUGUCUGCAGCGCUGGGUGGACGAGAAGCAGAGGGGCAACAGCACGGCCCGCGUGUCCUGUCCGCAGUGCAACGCCGAGUACCUCAUCGUCUUCCCCAAGCUGGGGCCAGUGGUGUAUGUACUAGACCUGUUUGACCGGCUCAUCUCCAAGGCCUGUCCCUUUGCCGCCGCCGGCAUCAUGGUGGGCUCCAUCUACUGGACCGCCGUCACGUACGGGGCUGUCACUGUCAUGCAGGUGGUGGGCCAUAAGGAGGGCCUGGAUGUGAUGGAGCGGGCAGACCCCUUGUUCCUGCUCAUCGGCCUGCCCACCAUCCCCGUCAUGCUGAUCCUGGGGAAGAUGAUCCGCUGGGAAGACUACGUGCUGCGCCUCUGGAGGAAGUACUCCAACAAGCUGCAGAUCCUCAACAGCAUCUUCCCAGGUCAGAACGGACACAUUGGGAUUGGGUGUCCGGUGCCUCGUAUCCCGGCGGAGGCCAGCCCCCUGGCAGACCACGUGUCAGCCACAAGGAUCCUGUGUGGUGCCCUGGUAUUCCCUACCAUCGCCACCAUCGUGGGCAAACUCAUGUUCAGCAGUGUCAACUCCAACCUGCAGAGGACCAUUCUGGGUGGGAUUGCGUUUGUGGCUGUCAAGGGAGCGUUCAAGGUGUACUUCAAACAGCAGCAGUACCAGAGGCAAGCCCACCGCAAGAUCCUCAACUUUACCGAGGCAGAGGAGGCCUGAGAAGGGGCAUGGACAGACAGACAUAUUGAUACACAGGGGGAGUGGACGGAGCAUGACGGUGAACUCUGAGCAGGAACAUUGUCGGACAGACAGAUUGACGGACUUAGGGAUCAUUGGCGCCCCCCAAACUCUUACACCUCUCUAAGUAGCCUCGCCUCACCUCGUUCUGUUUCUGCUCUUUAGGGAGUCAUCGUCGUAUGCGGCUGACAUUCGUGCUGUAUGAUUAUCACCAUGUUCUAUUUUGUUUUUAAAACAUUCAAAGGAGAAGAGACGAGACAAGAACACUGAUACAGACAUGCGUGCGUGCAAACACACACACACACACACACACACACACACACACACACACACACACACACACACACACACACACACACACAGAGAGAGAGUGCUCAUGUAUAUUCCACACAGGAGCUCUUUUUUUUUGUUGUGGAAUGUGACUUGUAACUGCUAUUUUGCUGUAGCAAUAUUUGUUUGUUUUAAUCAAGUAACCAGUGCUGGUUGUACUUUAAAAAGAUACAUCUGGGGCACAUGUAAUUAUUAGACAGGAAAGUUUUAUAAAUAAUUGUCUUACUGUUAAUUUUGCAGUUUUGAAAUUUGCCAAUGAGGAAUAUUGUUUCCCUGUAUUGAAUGCGUUUUAAGAGAAAUUAGAUUUUUUUAUCACUAAAGGAUGAUUAUUUGAAUGGGAAAUAACUUUUUACCUGCUCCUGUUGCCACGUUUCCAUUGGUAAAUAUCCAAUAUACAUACUCUCAAUUAUUUAGAAGCACAGUACAAACAUAAGUGUGAUUGUCUGUACAUACAUUCAUUGCACAAUAUGUAUCAGCUAAAACAUUCAAGGGUAUUUUUUUGUUGUCAAAUGCCUAGAAGUGUUGUCAUUAGUUCUGUUUGUAGUUGAUUUUGUGUAAUUGUCUUCUACUCAUGAGAUGACAGAGAAUGUGAUGUGCAAGCCUGCAAUGUGGAGGUGGGUGGAUGAUAUAGACCUGACACGUGCCGCAUUACCUUCUAAAUGAGAGCAUAAAAUUACAUGUCCACUGAAUAAAGGUGAGAUUUGUGUCUCUUCUUUUAACCCAAAUCGCAUAUUCCGCCACAUAUUUCCUUGCUGACGCCACCACUUGCUUUGUUUUUUAGUGUGUGUAUAUAUAUAUUAUAUAUAUUAUAUAUAUGCUCAAGGCAGUCACGUAAUAACCCAUUCUGUAACUACUCUUUCUUCUAAAAGUGCGGUAUAACCAGUAUACUGUACAUUACGUGUGUGAAAAAGGCCAUAAACCAAUCAUUUGAAUAUUUAAUAUUAUUGUGCACAUCUCUUUUAGCUGUGCCUGGUAGACAGACAUGCUCCAAUAAUCUGCUGUGGUCAACUCAGCUUUUACAUUAACUCUAAAGAAAAUAUAUUAUGCCAAAAGUGACAUUGAAGUUAUUAAUUGUAUUGUACAGACAUUGUUUCUCAAUUUAUAGUUUCGUGGUGGAUUGUGAAUAAAUGUAUUUUUUCAAA